AUGGAGGAGAGGGAGCGGCUGUGGCGGCAGAUCCGCCUGCUGCAGGGUCUCAUAAAUGACCAUAAAAACACGCAUGGGGAUGCGCCGCGGCCACUGCCAUCCAUGCCGCCGAGGUGGAACAACCCCCGCCAGCCUGUCUUCAGCAGGAGGGGGGCGUUUUCAUCCAGGUACCCCCAGCAGGCUCCCAGGGAUUUCCAGCAGCGCCAGGGUCACUCCUGGAGGAAAAAAUAUUCCCUCGUCAACCGGCCGCCGGGAUCGGCGUGUGAUGUUGGAAGUGCCAGCACAUCUCGGGCAUUUGGAAGCUAUGGGGACAGCCAGGCACCCGAGCCACCCGAAUCGUCCCCAGAGAGACAUGUGGACUUAACCACAGAUGGAAAUAUAGUUGUGGGGAUCCAGCUGCCCCAGAGGGCUGGCCCCUGUGUAGAUACAAAAGGUUUUGCUGAUGUGGGUUCUUACUGUGAGUUUUCUGGGCUGAAAACGGUGGUCGCUGCUCCAAGUGACAGUAAAAAUGUGGAGAAAUCUCCGUACACAAGCCAAAAUGAAGAGAGAAGACCCUCUCUCUCCGUUUCAUUUAGUUCAUCUCACCGGUUCGUGAGUUCAGCAUACGUGAGCAUGUUGGAUAAGCCUAGAACGGUACGUCUGGCUGGCGACGUGGCCGGGAGCUCCCCUGCCUCCUGCGGAAGCACCAGUGAAAACGCUGUGACGCUGAAAUCGGAGCCGCAGCAGCCUUCGGCAUUGCCAGAUCGCGAGCCGGCUCGGCACUUGGUCCAGAGGAAGGCAGAACCGCCAGCUCCAGGGCAGUCUAGUUGUGAGCAAGUCAGGGAUGCUGUCAGAGAGCCGAAGCUCCUUGGAAAUGGUGAGACGUGCUCUAGACCCAGUCAAGCUGUGACUUUGGUGGCUGGGAUGACUCCAAUGAAGAGCAAGUUUUCCGUAGUCCCCAAAGCUCCGGGUCUCCAAAGAGCCGCCUCAACAUCAGUCUCCGGCAAAGCUCCAAAGUUCAGGAAAACUAAUUAUACGUGGGUCGCAAACCCUGGUAAAUGCUCUCGUGCUGUGAAGAGAUGGGUCAGCCCUAGAGCUUCUGAAAGUGCUAAAAAGGUUGCUGGCGGAGCGGACAGAGGUGCUAAACUAUCACCAAAAGCAGACUUGGGAGCAAAGUUGAAGAAAUCGGGACUGCAGUCCAAACUGGGUGUUUCUCCCAGCAAAUAUAAGUGGAAAGCCUCCAGCGUGCAGACCUCGCCCUCCACCUCCAAGUCAGCGUUCAGGUGGCGAUCCGAGGAUCAGAAAAAGCCUCCAGCCCCCAACCUGCCUCGGGCUGGUGCCGCCCCACCGCUUCCGAGCGCUGCAUCUGUUGGUCUCGGCGGGGGAAAGUCCUCCUUCGGCGAUGCUGCGCUGUCCAGUUAUAAAGUGAAGAGUCGGACAAAAAUCAUCAAGAGAAAAGGAAACUCGGGUUCCCCGACAGAUAAGAAGAACAGCUCCUCGCCCACUACGCCUCUGAAAAGCCACUUCCAUCUCAGGAAGAAAAACUCCUCGCGGGGAAAACCUUCAGCGACACUGAAACGCUCCUCGCCCAAGGGCCUGGUGCAGAUCACCAAGCACAGGCUCUGCAGGCUGCCGGCCACCAGGAUGCCGGUCUCCGCCAAGGAAGGAGCCAACGUGCACUUUGUAAGGAGCCCCCCAGCCAAUAAGGUGAUCAAGACACGCUACAGGAUAGUGAAGAAGAACGUGGUGUCUCCAGCCUUAUCGACCUUCAGCAGCCCUGUUCCCAACUGGAAGACAAGGCGCCCCGUGACAUCCAGAUCCCUGCUAUUAAACCAAACGCGCCUGUCGCCUCAGGGCGCUAAGUCUCAGCACGUGCAGCAGAGAUGGAGGAGCAAAGGCUAUCGCUGCAUCGGUGGGGUGAUGUACCGAGUGUCGGCGAAUAAACUCUCCAAGACUUCCAGCACGCCCGGCCGGGGCAGAGACCUGAGCACCAAGAGCCCCGGCAGAGCAGCGCGGUUGCAUUGUACGCCCAGUCCUGGCUUCUCUCCAUCCGGCUGCCUGAACAGAUCAGCUACGAGCCGAUACAUCGCCAGCCGUGCUGUUCAGCGAAGUUUGGCCAUCAUUCGUCAAGCCAAGCAGAAGAAAAAGAAGAAGGAAUACUGUAUGUACUACAACCGUUUUGGCAAGUGUAAUCGCGGGGAGAGCUGCCCCUACAUCCAUGAUCCAGAGAAGGUGGCCGUCUGCACCAGGUUUCUUCGUGGCACGUGCAAGAAGACAGAUGGGACCUGUUCGUUUUCCCACAAAGUGUCCAAAGACAAGAUGCCGGUGUGCUCUUACUUCUUGAAGGGGAUCUGCAGCAACAGCAACUGCCCGUACAGCCACGUCUACGUGUCCAGGAAGGCAGAAGUGUGCCAAGAUUUCCUCAAAGGCUAUUGCCCCAUGGGAGAAAAGUGCAAGAAGAAGCACACGCUGGUUUGCCCUGACUUUGCCAAGAAAGGCAUCUGCCCCAGGGGCACCCGGUGCAAGCUGCUGCACCCCCAGAAGAAGCGUCACCCAAGAGAGGCUGAAGAUGUGGACCGCAGCGACCCCCCCUCCAAGUGGAGACGAGUCUGGGAGGAGGUGGGCAGGAACGAUCCAGCUCAGCUCCAUGAUGACGGGGAAAUGCCCGGACCCUCCAGUGCGGAGCAAGAGGUGAAGUUUUGGAAAGAAGCGGACGCCUCGCCAACCAGCUGGCUGCAAAAGCUGCCGUCCUUCAUCUCCCUCCAGUCCUCAGCCUCUCCCGGUGACCACGGCUGCAAAGCAGAGAAGGACGAGGAUGAGUUGGAGGAUGAGCCAGGUAGCGCCAAAUGGAAGAGGACUUUGCCGCCGGCGUCCUCGCGGGACUCCGAAAACACCCGUCUGGAGGAGGGUGGCAGAGGCAAACGGCUGCAGAUCAAGCCCCGUCUAUGA